CUAAGCGCAAUAUGAUACCAUCCGAAAAAAAUCUCGAUCUACUCAUGAAGGAGGAAACUCUCAUGAAAAAGAACACAGGUCAGGGCCUCACCUCUCCACAAAUCAACUCUCUCGCAAGUGCAAACCCAAACCGUAUUGCGUCAUCUCCUGUUAUCGGGGGGGAUCACGCGGAUGAAAUGGAUUGCGAAACUCUUCCGGAACAGGCCGAAACCACAUCACUAAACAAAAGAAGCCCCAAACCAACUAAUGACGGUAAGUCACCCACUAUUAUAUCGACGCCCAUUCUUGAAAAACACACCAAUACGGACCAACCACCUUUUAUGGUCCACAUUAAGGACCUUAAUACUACACCGAUGCACCUCCUUCACAUUAGUCGCAUACUAACGUCCCAAUUCCCAAAGGGAAUGGGCGAAGUCACUAAAAUUGGAAGAGGCCAUGUAGCGGUAGCAAUGAACACACUCACAGACGCGAAUAAAUUAAUAGGCGAUCGGAUGCUGGAGGCAAAGGGGUUACACGCAUACGCACCAUCGUAUAGGCUGUAUAGGAUCGGGACAAUAAAAGGUAUCCCACAGGAUCUAGACAUACCAACCUUAAAAUCCAAUAUUAAAUCAACCCAUAAAAUCAAGGAUAUAAACAGACUAAAUAAAAGAACCAAUACAGACGGGAAAAUCUCGUACGAGCCUUCCAGAACCCUCUCAAUCAAAUUCUCAGGGCAAACUCUGCCAAGAAACAUCUUUAUUUAUAAUAUUAAAUACUCGGUCUUCCCAUUCAUCCCAAAAAUUAAGAUUUGUUACGCAUGCUUUCGCGUGGGGCAUAUAAGCGCCCAAUGCAAGGGAAAAGCGAGGUGCAUCCACUGCGGAGCCGAGAAACACCCGGACAAAAGCUAUAAAUGCCCAGCAAGUCUAAACCCCCCCAUAUGUAUAAAUUGUAAGAGGAACCACCUUCCCACCUCACACGAAUGCACAAUAAUCACGAACAUAAAAAAGUACAGGCACUACAAAAAGGAAACUAAGGACUCAAGAUCACCAAUCCGAAACCAUCCCGGACCCGAGAUUCGACUUCAACGGUUUCCCCCUCCUGAAACCAUCUCCCGCAAACGAUCACAACCCAUUUCACCCAUAUCAGCCCCAAGUUCGACAACAAACCCCCCAAGACAAUCGUCCAGCCAACCAACACAUCUGGGUCGUAUUCAUCGAUUUCUGCUCACCACAACCAAGAGUCAGCGAAUUAUCAGGAUACCGUUCAACCCUAAAAGAAGAAACUCAAUCGGACUCAGCAUCACCCAAUGGAACUGCAAAGGUUUGUCCAGCAAACUCCCGGAAUUCAGCAACAAUACCUCAGCUCCUGACGUAUGGUGCGAACAGGAGACCUUACUCAAAAAUAACAAAUAUCUCAACCUUCCCGGUUACUCUGUAUUAAGAAACGAUGCCGACGAUGCAGGGUCGCUUGGCAUCGCUUUUCUAAUAAAAAAAGGUCUAGAUUUCAAUACGCAGCCUGUGGCAAUACCGCGUCACAGCUCGUGCGAAAUUGCAGCAAUCAGCCUAAAAACAAAUAAGGAACCUCUCCUUAUAAUAAACAUAUAUAGACACACAAACCAAGACACUCCCCUAGAUUACAUUCAAUCAGUCGUGGCAACGCUAACAAUUACUACCAAAUACUUUUUAGUGGUCGGCGAUAUUAACGCCCACCAUCCAGCAUGGGGGGACUCCCGUACGGAUGCGGCUGGCAAGCGCUUCCAAGAGGCCUUCGACGAAGAGAAUCUGGUCAUUCUUAGUACGUCUGGUAACACGUUCAUGAGCCUCUCUACAGGAUCAUUUUCUAGCAUCGACGUCGCAGUCGCAUCCCCGGCCCUGGCCCCUUAUUGCGUCACAGUAGUGGACACAGAUUUAAGGGGAAGUGACCACUUCCCGGUACACACAAUAGCCAGACAUGCUAACCCCAAAAGAACGUUCAGGCAUCGGAUACGUUUGUCCGCGACAGAACUACGUGAACUGAAAGCAAGAAUGGAGGCAAGCGAACAUGACUUCUCGAGAGAAUUUCCACUAGACCCCAUUCAGGGAUAUGAACACAUUGUGAAAUUCGUCCAAAAGGAAAUUAGGGAGCUCAUAGGAGAUAAGCGUUCGGCCUGCGGCCCAAAAAUACCUAACAAAACCCUAAAUCACGAACCGGCCCUUUGGUGGACAGACGAGUGCACAGAUAGCUGCAGGGUAAGAAGAGCGGCACUUCAGACUUAUAGGAGAGAUCCCACCGCUGGACAUCUGGCAGCGUACAAAGACACGGCGGCAAUCUGUUCUAAAACGUUGAGAACACACAAGAGAAAAGGUUGGAAAGACUUGUGUGCCUCCUUCAACGGUAACACCCCCUCCUCACAGAUGUGGGGCUUCCUGAGAUCCUACAAAAAUAAAAUGCUAGGGAUGGUAACACCCCGCUCAGUUCGACCACCAGAGUCACUGGAGACACAACAAGCAAGAGCCAAGGAUAAUCUUUGUCCACCGUCCUGCGAAUACAGGACAGAUAUCGACACACUUUUAAAGGAAUUCAACACUAGGAGGCAAAUGCCGACUGCAACAACGCUGGGAGCACCGAUCACACUCGAAGAAAUAAACUGGGCUUUCGAAAGCACCCGCAAAGGAAAAACAGCCCCGGGCCUGGAUCAAAUCGACUUCGGUAUACUCUCAUCAUUCCCCCCGUUCUUAAUACAAAGCCUUCUGAAUAUAUACAACAAGAUCCUGGAAAGGGGCAUCUCACCCCCCGACUGGAGCAGAGCAAUGGUGAUCCUGAUCCCCAAACCACAUGGCGGAGGAUUCAGACCCAUCUCCCUGUUACCCUGCCUUUUGAAAAUAAUGGAGAAAUGCCUAUAUCUACGACUCUCUUGGUACGUGGAGAAAUUUAAGUUACUACCAGACGCACAGCACGGAUUUAGGCGGGGCAGGUCUUGCGGUGACAGCCUCGCCAUUUUGGCUACCAGUGUAAAGAGCUUUAUAGCCAGGGGAGAACGACCGUCUGCCGUUUUCUUGGAUAUAGCCGCGGCCUUCGAUAACAUUGACCCUAUAGAAUUGAUGCGCUCACUGAUAGGCAUGGGUGUUCCAAUAAACUUAUGCAAGUUUAUUUUCAGCUAUUUGGCGUCGAGAGAGGUUCGUUUCGUGGAGGAUGGGGAGCUGAGCGGCCCCCGGUGGAUUUACAAGGGCACCCCGCAGGGAUCCAUUCUCAGCAAUUUGCUCUUCAGCAUCUACUUAAGGGAGUUGCCUGACUGCAUACCUCAUGGAGUAAAUAUCUUGCAAUAUGCCGAUGAUCUGGCAAUCUGGGCUUCAGGCCGGGACAGGCGCUCGGUCGUGGAUUUGCUUUCGACAACGACUGGAAGAAUAGACCGUUUUCUGAGAGGCAGAGGCCUGGAGCUGUCAGUAAGCAAGUCAACCUCAAUUAACUUUGGCAAAAGCACCCGACAGGCCGAAGACGUGGAAAGGGUGUCGCUUAACGGCUCGGAGCUCCCCCUAACCGGGGAACACAGAUUUCUAGGAAUCAACAUAGAUUACGCCUUUUCGGGUAAGAUCCACCUGGUGUGGCUGACUAAAAAAUGCAGGGUUAUCACCAAUGUUAUUUCUUCUCUUGCCGGUGUUUGGUGGGGAUCUCACCCCGCACUAUUAAUAAAUAUAUAUAGAGCGGUCAUGCGCAGCACCAUAAAAUAUGAUUACCAGAUUUCCUUUUUCAGAGAAAACUUAACUAGGUUGGGAGUGCUUCUUAGGCUUAGAAACAGAGCGCUUAGAUCAGCCAUGGGUUACAGGAAAUCAACCCCGAUAAACGUUCUCUUGAGCGAGACUAAAGAGCCACCAUUACAUGCCAGACUAGAUCUACUAAAUAUAAGAUUUCUAUACAGAAACCUCACACGUUCCGAUGGACUACUAGCGAAUAGUCUUGAGGAAACCGGAGCCCGGCUCUCCUGCUACAAGGAGAGAACAUGGAUCCUACAAAAUAACCCGAUUAUGAGAACAUACAUCAAGAUCAGGGAAGAUCUCACAGACAUCGACGGCUCCAGAACGGAAGGGCCGGACAGGAAUCUUGUAGGCGCCGGAAUCUUCUCCCCUGAACUCCAACAACAUAUCUCGCAGAGAUUACCAGAUUCUGCUUCCAUUUUCUUCGCCGAGGCUUGGGCCAUCGUGGGAGCCUUGAAGAUGUGCUUAUCCGAGGGCGCUCAUUUCACCAAAGCCAUCAUCCUCUCUGACUCCAGAAGCGUCCCGGAUGCGAUCAACUCCUUGGAUCCUCACCACAGGGGACAUCUCGUUCCUCUAAUUAGAAAUCUAGCCCAUAAAACUAAAAAAGGUAUAGAAGUGACCUGUGUGUGGAUCCCGUCACACAAGGGCAUAGACGGUAACGAGGAAGCAGGCCGUCUUGCCAGAAAUGCGGCGUCCGAUGAGGAAGCCGCAAGACCGGAUUUUCGAGCUCCCUAUUCGGACUUUUAUACAUUGGCAAGGGAAGGUGCGAGAUCUAUCAGUGACGAAUACUUUCGACGUGAGUUUGAAGUGAAGGGUAAAUUAUAUCACCAGUAUGUAUGUAUAUUUAUUAUUACGUUCGGCCUUUCGGCCUUGAUACCGGGACUUGGUUUACAUCAAAUUCCUUAACCUCACUCAUUCAUCUU